UAACCUUAAAUUUAGAUUCAAUAUUGUUUGUUGCAUUCAUGAAUAAAAACACAUUAGCAUAACUUUCACUUAUUCAAAGCUCUUGCUGUAUAACUGUUUUCCAUGACGCUGCAACUACUACGCGUCAUACGUAAUUCAAUUGUAUUACCAACUGAAAAUUGUUCACAUUAUUUCGAUUUUCGUCGCCAUUGUACGUUUUUACGUAGCGAAUACCGUUAUACGGAGUGGGGAUUGCGACGCGCGAGGGGGGUAGUACGUAUCAGCGCUGUUGGAGCGCGAGUUCACUCUGUCACUCGGUCAUUACGGUAUUUCUACACAGCGCGUCCUACAUUCACGAUCGUGAAAGAAAGAGUGACAAUGCCCGAAAACAAACAAUUUCAGCGUCUUCCUCGAUUCGUGGUUCCCAAACAUUAUGAUUUGGAGUUGAUUCCGAAUCUAGAGAAAUUCACAUUCACGGGAAAAACUGCAGUGAAAGUAUCGGUAUUGAGAUCAACAAGUGAAAUAGUGCUAAAUUGUUUGGAUUUGGAGCUUAACAAUGUCAAACUUCAAUACGAAGGUGGUUCGGAGCCUAUCACGCCGAUCGAAGUUCGUCUUAACGCUGCAGAUGAAACUGCGACAAUUCUAUUUGACCGCCCACUUGCGGAAGGCGAGGCGACGCUGCACUGCGAGUUUAAAGGCGAGAUUAAUGACAAAAUGAAGGGUCUCUAUCGCAGCAAGUACCUGACUCCUAGUGGUGAAGAGCGCUACGCAGCUGUCACGCAGUUUGAGGCUACAGAUGCUCGUCGCUGUUUUCCCUGUUGGGAUGAACCUGCCAUUAAAGCUACAUUUGAUAUUACUCUCGAAGUACCUGCUGACCGUGUAGCUUUGUCCAAUAUGCCUGUCAAAGAAGAGAAACUGAAGGGAGACCAUAAGAGAAUUCAUUAUGACACUACUCCUAUAAUGUCCACUUACCUCGUAGCCUUUGUUGUGGGUGAAUAUGACUAUGUGGAGAAGAAGUCUCGUGAUGGUGUUUUAGUAAGAGUGUAUACACCUGUAGGUAAGAGCAAACAAGGAUUGUUUGCUUUGGAAGUGGCAGCAAGAGUACUUCCCUAUUAUAAGGAGUAUUUCGAUAUAGCCUACCCAUUGCCAAAGAUUGAUCUUAUUGCUAUAGCUGAUUUCUCUGCUGGUGCUAUGGAGAACUGGGGCUUGGUAACAUACAGAGAGACUUGCUUGCUAGUGGAUGAAGAACACACUUCAGCUGUAAGGAGGCAGUGGAUUGCCCUAGUAGUGGGCCAUGAACUGGCUCACCAGUGGUUUGGUAACCUGGUCACCAUGGAGUGGUGGACACAUCUUUGGUUAAAUGAAGGUUAUGCUUCAUUUGUGGAGUUCCUCUGUGUCAAUCAUCUAUUCCCUGAAUAUGAUAUUUGGACUCAAUUUGUCACAGAAAAUUAUAUCAGAGCAUUAGAAUUGGAUUGUUUGAAAAACUCCCAUCCCAUAGAAGUUCCUGUAGGGCACCCAUCAGAAAUUGAUGAAAUAUUUGAUGACAUAUCAUACAAUAAGGGUGCAUCUGUAAUCCGCAUGCUUCAUAAAUACAUUGGGGAUGAUGACUUCCGUAAAGGCAUGAACAUUUAUCUAACAAGACAUCAGUACAAAAAUACAUUCACAGAGGAUUUGUGGGCAGCUUUGGAAGAGGCUUCCAAUAAACCUGUUGGAGCUGUUAUGUCCACAUGGACCAAACAGAUGGGAUUCCCUGUAGUUGAGGUGAGCUCAGAACAAAUAGGCCCUGACAGGGUUCUAAAGCUGACACAGCAGAAGUUCUGUGCUGAUGGUAGCCAAGGUGGGGAUACACUUUGGAUGGUGCCUAUUACAAUCUCAACACAGGAGCAACCUUCCAAGGUAGCACUAUCUGCUGUGUUGGAAAAGAGACAACAAGAAGUUAUCUUGAAAGAUGUAGCAGAGACUUCUUGGGUUAAGCUGAACCCUGGUACAGUGGGAUAUUACCGAACUCGCUACCCAGCGUCAAUGCUGGCGCAGUUGGUAACAGCCAUCCGCGACGGAUCACUACCGCCACUUGAUCGCCUUGGUCUACUGGAUGACUGCUUCGCCUUAGUGCAGGCUGGCCACACGCAAACCGCCGAGUCUCUGAAACUUAUUGAAGCCUUUACUAAUGAAACAAACUUUACUGUGUGGUCUUCGAUUUCCAACUGCUUAUCGAAACUGAGUGCCUUAUUCUCGCAUACGCCUCUUGACAAGCCCUUGAAAAACUACGGCCGCAAGCUAUUCUCGAACAUAACUCGACGCCUGGGUUGGGAUGCCGAGGAAAAAGAGAGCCAUCUCGACACAUUGCUCCGUAGUUUAGUCCUCAACAAAAUGAUCAGCUUUGAAGAUCCUGAAACUAUUAAAGAAGCAAAGAGCCGCUUCGAGAAGCACAUAACGGGUGCGUGCACUCUGCCGGCGGACCUGCGGUCGGCGUGCUACCGCGCGGUGUUGGCGGACGCGGACGAGGCCACGUUCCAGCGCUUCCUGGAGCUGUACCGCGCCGCCGACCUGCACGAGGAGAAGGACCGCAUCAGUCGCGCGCUCGGUGCAGUCAAUGACCCCACACUGCUGAAGAAAGUUCUCGACUUCGCCAUCUCGGAUGAAGUGAGAUCUCAAGAUACAGUAUUCGUCAUAGUUUCUGUGGCAGUCAGUAAAAAUGGUCGUGAUCUUGCUUGGGAGUUCUUCAAAGACCAUUGGCAGCAAUUUAUGGAUAGAUACCAGGGUGGCUUCUUACUCGCUCGAUUGGUGAAGUCAACAACGGAAAACUUCGCCUCUGAAACCAGUGCGCAAGAGAUCGAGCAGUUCUUCCGCACUCACCAGUCUCCCGGCACGGAGCGGUCGGUGCAGCAAGCACUCGAGACCGUCCGUCUCAACGCAGCCUGGUUGCGUCGGGACCUCGCUUCCACCACGGCGUACCUGCAACCUUACCAUUGACCACAACCGGACCAAAUGACACAAGACUGAAAACUACAACGAAAUCUACAGAAAUGUUGCAUCUAGCAUUAUUUAUUUCCAAUUACGAAAGUUAACAUUAUUAUAAAUGGCUCAACAUUUCAGUGUACACUAUUCGACUGUAGCUAGCUGUAAAUUAAGAUUUGCUAAUUGUCUGUGUUAUAAGAUUGGUUCGAGUUAUUGGGAAUUGUUGCUAAAUUGAUAGUUCAACGUAGUUUUAUUAAAGUUAGUAGUAACCAGUCAGGCAGACAGUUUUAAAGUUGUUUUAAUUGUUACUUCAGAAGUUAGUAAAUUUUAUCGUAACUGCAAAUUAAAGCUGUGUAGAUUUGCUAUGAACCAAUUUUGGUAAGAGUUGUAGUGCAUAUUAUAGUGGUUUACACUCAAUAUUAUUACUAAAUAAGCCAUUCUUGCAUGUUUUAUUUUUAUUACAAAACAAUUAAAGUUAUACAUAUUUAGCCUUACUAAAUAAAGGUUUCUUUAUGAAAUAUAUUAAGAGGCUUCUAACACUGGUGUAAUCACCUCAUGAAAUGUUUAUGUUUUCUUUAAAACUUAUUUUGCGCCUGGUCGUAAGACCUUCAGGCUGUUUCCGUACAUUAUAUUUUGUAAAUGUGUAUAAAUAUUAUUUAAUUUUUGUUGAACAUGUCGAGUGUUUUACAUCUGGUGCUGAGUGCAGUUUUGUUUAGUUUCAGUUCUGUAGUGAUGUCAUUCACUACUUGAAUAAAAGUUUGUGCAAUUUUUUUCAUAUUUAUAAAUUACGUUUUAUGAAAUGUAAUCUAUUCAAAGAUAUUUUAAUGCACAUUAUUUUACUUCUAACUAUUUACAUAAGAAUUAAGUAGGAUUUGUUUUAAGUAUUUUAAUUUGCCUUGAGUACCUAAAAUUGUUGCUUUUGUGAGUAGUAAAAUAAUGGGUAUUGAAAUCAUUCCUGAUUAUUUAUAUGUUGACAUGCAAGCUUAGUCAAAAUUGUGAUUUUGGGGCUAUAACAAUAAAGUUACCAUUAGUAUCGCAUUUGUUGUCAUCACUGAUUUGUUUUGUAAGACUGUGUUAUCGCAAUAAAUCGUACAAAAUAUA